CAAAGAUCAUUCAGUCUUUGACUAAGCAGCGACGUUGUCGCAACCAAGUGAUCGAGGAGCGUGGAGAUCGGUGUCGGUGUCGGUUUCGGUUUCGGUUUCCGUUUCGAGUUCUGGCUCGGUAUCGGCCCAGCGAAGGAAUCGCUUCGGUUCGCUUUGGUUCUGUUACAAUUUUUUUUUUAUAAUCGUAAUUAUUUCCAAGAUCGCUGGUAGAGCAUUAUGCCAUGCAACGGAUACGGAUGCGCUUUUCGAUUAUAAGCCAUCAUCAUCAUCAUCAUAAUCCUCAUCAUCCUCAUCGUCAACAAUAGUAACAGCGAGAACAGCCGAGUGUCAGUGCAAAAGUGCGAUGUCUGGAUGGUGAUUAGAUUUUUUUUUUCUAUUGUUUUCGUAAAAGCCAGCGAUUGCGAUUGGAGGUGGUGCAGGGAGUCCGGCAUCGAAUGCCAACCAGAGCUUUAAAUAACUGCAACACUCAAACAAUGUGCAAUAUGUAUUUAAUGUAUGAAUGUGUAUAUUUCAUAGCAGAGUCAUGAAGAAUCGGAUUGUUUUGAAAAUUAUUUGAAAGUGCUGAAUUGAAUGAAUAUUCAAGUGAUAGGCCACCCCCAUUAGUCAUGCAAUGCAAUUGAAAAUGCCAGAAGCUACAAGUCGUCUGGCCUAGCCUGCAAGGAAAUCUAAUUUAUUGGAUCUAAAACUGUAACUCUCUAAACCGCGCCUGAUGGUAAUGGCCGUGAUCCUGUUGCUGGCCCUGGCACUUGUACUAGGCUGCUAUUGCGCAAUCCACAGGCACAAGAUCGGAGCGACCUAUCUUAAGCCGCUGCUGAAGAACACGCCGCUGGAGGACUGCUACCAUGCCACGCCCGUCGUGCCGGAACAGCAGAAGAGCCGCCGGCGUCGUAGCAUCUGGGACAUACCAGGUCCUCAGCGCAUACCCUUCCUCGGAACCAAAUGGAUAUUCUUUGUGUUCUUUCGCCGCUACAAGAUGACCAAGCUGCACGAGGUCUACGCAGAUCUCAACAGAAGAUACGGGGACAUAGUGCUGGAGGUGAUGCCCUCGAAUGUGCCGAUCGUUCAUCUCUACAAGCGCGAGGACCUGGAAAAGGUGCUCAAGUACCCCAGCAAGUAUCCCUUCCGGCCGCCCACGGAGAUCAUUGUAAUGUACCGGCAGUCGCGACCGGAUCGGUAUGCUAGCGUGGGCAUCGUCAACGAGCAGGGUCCUAUGUGGCAGCUACUCCGGACAUCGCUCACGUCCAGCAUCACUUCACCCCGGGUCCUGCAAAACUUCCUGCCUGCCCUGAACGCCGUCUGCGAUGAUUUCAUCGACCUGCUGAGAGCCAGGCGCGAUCCAGAUACCCUCGUCGUACCAAACUUUGAGGAGCUGGCCAAUCUGAUGGGGCUGGAGGCAGUCUGCACCCUGAUGCUGGGUCGGCGCAUGGGCUUCCUGGCCGCCGAUGCCAAGCAGCCGCAAAAGAUCAGUCAGCUGGCGGCGGCCGUCAAGCAGCUGUUCAUUUCCCAGAGGGACUCCUACUACGGGCUGGGUCUGUGGAAGUACUUUCCCACGAAGACGUACCGGGACUUUGCGCGGGCCGAGGACUUGAUCUAUGAUGUCAUCUCCGAGAUCAUCGACAAUGAGUUGGAGGAGCACAAGAAGUCGGCUGAAUGCGAUGACGAAGGUGCCUCUGGCCUGCGCAGUGUCUUUCUCAAUAUCCUCGACCUCAAGGAUCUGGAUAUCAGAGACAAGAAGUCGGCUAUUAUUGACUUCAUAGCUGCUGGCAUUGAAACGUUAGCCAACACUUUAUUGUUUGUCCUGAGCUCGGUGACGGAAGAACCUUCGGCCAUGACUCGGAUUCUAAGCGAGUUCUGUGAGUAUCGGGAUACGAACAUCCUGCAGGAUGCCCUUACAAACGCCACCUUUACGAAGGCCUGCAUACAGGAGUCCUACAGACUAAGACCCACCGCCUUCUGUCUAGCCCGGAUACUAGAGGAGGAUAUGGAGCUAUCGGGAUACUCUCUCAAUGCUGGGACUGUAGUUCUCUGCCAAAACAUGAUAGCCUGCCACAAGGACAGCAACUUUCAAGAGGCAAAACAGUUCUCCCCCGAGCGUUGGAUUGAUCCAGUCACGGAAAACUUUACCGUGAAUGUGGAUAGUGCCAGCAUUGUGGUCCCUUUCGGGGUAGGCCGACGGACCUGUCCGGGAAAACGCUUCGUGGAAAUGGAGGUGGUGCUGCUACUCGCAAAGCUGGUAGUGGCAUUUGAUGUGAGCUUUGUGAAGCCGCUGGAAACGGAGUUCGAGUUUCUGCUGGCCCCAAAAACGCCGCUAAGUCUGAAGCUCAGAGAUCGUGCUAUCUGAUCGUGGAUCAAAUACAUGCAAAUUAAGUUAAGAACUGAACCAUUAAGUAAAACUAAUGAAAACUACGAUAUAGAUCAGCCAGAAUCAGCAGCCUAGUCUUGUGAAGUAAUUAAAAAUACGUAUAGAUAAGAAAUUUACAUAAAUUUUGCUGACUGGAGGUACUGAUGUAGAUAACUAUAUUAUUUGAGCCUUUUCUGUACAUAGAUCGUGUUGGAUUUGUUGUUGUAACUUAAUUAUAGUCGCCUAGCUAGUUAACUCUUCUUCUUGUAGUUAUUGUUAGUUAGUUAGCAUAUAAGUAGCGGCAAUUGUUUUUGUGCGUUCUGUAACGGAAAGACUGUGUUGUAAGUUUUGUUUUUUUUUUUUUUUGCCUGUCGUGUAUAUAGCAUUUCCGACUAUUACUCCUCAUUGUAUUUAUUCAAGUGUUCUAUUGCCUUAGUUCGUACUUCAUCUCUGUGUCUGUGCAUAAUUUUUUUGUUCAUCAAAGGAUCCAUUCAAAUUUAGUGAAAUGAAAUAAAACAAGAAAACAAAA